AGGGUAAACGAUGCAGGAACAUUCAACAGAACGUUUGUGUUGGAAGCCCGAACUUCCCUAAGACAAACACUCGGACAAAUCUUCUAUUUUCCGUUUAUAUUCUUCUUGUUUGGAAUAAUCGUAGGAACAAUUUACUUUCGGGCACAGGAUGAGGAUGGAAUUCUGUUGAUGUCAGCGUUCUGUGUCUAUUGCUGUGCAAGCCCUUUGUUUCUCAGUUCAGUUCUGAUGGCGCACCUGAACAAAGCUUUAAAUAUAUAUCACCUGGAACGUGCCGAUGGAUGUGGUCGUUCAUAUGAGAAUGUGAUUCAGACGUACGUACGAAUUGCUGCUCUGUGUGUUAUUCCAAUUCUAGUCUGUUCUGCGAUGUCAUAUUUCUUGGUCAUGACGUCAUACGAUUUGUGGAAGUUCUUUUUGGUAACAAUUAUCUCAUUGGUUUUAAACCAAACCUGGAUUGCAGUCUACAUGAUGGUGAUUUGUGCACAUCCGGGAAUCGCUCAUCGCAUUUGUCCAAUGGUGUCGGCCUGCGCAGGCUUUGCGGGAGGGUUUUUAGUACCCAGACCCCAAAUGCCAGCUGGCUACAAUCUGUUAUUCUUCAUCAACCCACAGUUCUAUGGUUAUUCAGCUAUCUCCAAGGUCUUGUUGCAAAACGUCCGCCUUAAAUGCGUUUACGAGUCUACAUUGAAUUGUAUCAGUACGGAUGGCAACGCUGUUUUGGCAAGAUUUGGGUUUGACACGGUCAAUAUUUAUGAGCAUUUGGUGAUAAUGCUUGCAAUGACAGUAAUAUCGAUAUUUUUCUCAUGGCUGUUUUUGGAAAUAAAGAACAUCAAGAUCAAAUUCUUCAAAACGUCAUCAAAAAUAUCCAGGUCACAAGUGGAUAGGAUAUUACACGAGUCAAUAGAGCUUCUAAAUGGGGCAGACCAUGCAGUUAAUCCCACGCGCCGGAAGUCCACGUUAGGCAUUGUCACACAUGACGAUGGACUACACACCGUGAAGCUUCCAAACAGUCCCACCAUUCCUAGCGAGAGUAGGCCAGAAUCAGAUGCUGUUUCUUUGCCGUCAAAAACAAGUUCUGUCAGUUCUCGAGAAAAUCGGUGGUCGAGUGUUCGUAAGCGUACGGCCGAGAGAAAGCGAAGCAGCCAUCUUGAGAUGAAGCACGUUCAAAGGAUAGCCAAGCAGUCCGCAUUAGUACAAUCUAACCAAGUUCAGUCUCAAAAGGUAAGGACGCGGAAGCAAGCUGUACCGUUGCCACGGAAAACUAGAUACAGCAGUGUUCCUGAAGACAGUGAAAAAAAAGCACCAAUGAAACGUACCUACUCAUAUCAUGAAACCGCUGACCACAACCUUGCAGAUUCUGCACUGAAAAUGACAACUUUGCAAUCUGCUACUAUCGGUGUUGACGACCAUCGAGAAGCAUCACCUUCGCAACUAUUAAGGAGUGUCACUUUUCCCGCUGUUGAAGAGGGAGAUCAAGAAAUGAUCAGUGGUCCCUUUUAUUUGGAAAGUAUCUGUGAACAUGAUGAUACAUUGGGGUCUGAAGAAGAAGAAGAUACCGCGAAUGUCUUUGUUGACAACCAGCUUUAAAUAUACGAAAAUCCCCCGAAAAAACAGUAGACAUAAGUUUCAAAUUUUAUCAAAGUAGGGAAGUCGUAUUCAAAGACAAGUUUUAAGUAGGAAGGCUUUAAUUUCAGUUACCUUAUUUGAAAUCACAACUUAUGAGUAAAUAUUGAUUUAUUUAUCAUUCACGAUCUUAGCAGUUAUCAGCACAUUUCAGAAUACAAAAUGCAAUCCUUCUAAAAUUAUA